AUGUCAUUUCCGCAGGUACUCGCAUCGGUCAUCAUGGUAUCGUGAGUAUUUGGAGAACAAUUUGACGCUGUAUCAUGAACUCCUGUAGGAUGAACACGUAGGAGUAUCUUCUGGCGACUCACAUCUUCCUCUGUGUGGAGGAAGUGUAAGGGACAUGGUGAUGUACAGCUGGAUGUUCUGGAAAGUGACCAGGUGUCAAUCAAAACAAGUAACUCUGUAGACUUCAAGAUGGCUGGUGCAGAAGAGUUCCAGGAGCUGCAGAGCAGUAGCAGCAAUGAGGCAUGCCGCAUGGAGGAGCGGCCAGAGCAUGGCAUGAAGAUCUUGCAGGGCCUUCAUAAGCUUAAAAAUGACAAGAUCCUUUGUGAUGUCACACUUAUUGCAGAAGGUCACAGAUUUGAUGCCCAUCGUGUAAUUCUGGUGUCGUGCUCGGAUUACUUUCGGUCAAUGUUCACCAGUGGGAUGCGAGAAAGCACACAACGGGAGAUAGAGCUAAAGGGCAUUACAAGUAAAGGCCUGGACAAAACUCUGGAGGUCAUCUACACCUCCACAACCACCCUGGAGGGUGAUGACAUCUUUGAUGUGAUAGCUGCAGCUACACAUCUUCAGGUGACGCCUGUGAUUGAAUUCUGUGAGAGGAACUUCCUUAGUGGUAUGACCACUAGUAAUUUCUAUGAUUUUAUAAACACAGCUAAACUGUACAGCAUGAACAAUGCUUUGAAGCAGAUAGAUGUGUUUAUAGCUAGGAAUCUCAUGCAGAUCUCAAAGGAGGGAACCCUUCAUCUUCUCACUUAUGACCAGAUGAUCAACUGUCUGAACAGCGACCGUCUGUGUCUGCGUGAAAUUGACAUUUUCCACAUAACAUGGGAGUGGUUUCUAUUGAAUAGCAACCAGGACGAUCAGGCUAUUCAGCUGAUGAAACUGAUUCGCUUCCCUCUCAUUAACCCAGCGGAUCUAGUGCAGCAUGUUCAGAGGGUAGAUAUGAUGAUGACUCAUACAGAACUAAGGCAGAUGGUACUAGCCGCUCUCAACUACCAUGUUGUGCCCCACUCACAACCAUUGGAAGCCAGCUAUAGUGUACACCUCCGCUCCUUUGUGGAACGUCUGGCUAGUGUUGGGGGGCGAGAGAUCCACCCCAACCCCUGUCUUCAUGAUGAAAUACUGGUCUUUGAUUCCAAAAUCACCUCUAAUAGUUUACUGAACAGAACAGAGAUUGCAUCAUUACCAAGUGCUCUUAGUCACAUGCAGGUGGUGGUGUUCAAUAACUUCCUGUACGUGUUAGGGGGCUGUACCACACAGUGUGCUCAUGGUGAAUCAGCAGUCAACUCGGUUCUUAGGUAUGACCCUCGCUUCGAUAAUUGGUUUCAGGUGUGUCCGAUGAUUAACAAGAGAGCCUAUUUCUUCUCGGGAGCACUCCAUAACAGGAUUUAUGCUGUGGGGGGAAAGUUCAAGGAUGGCAGUCUGGCCACUGCAGAAUGUUACAACCCUGGUGACAACACAUGGGAGAUGAUCGCACCCAUGCCCAUGUCCUACCAUGCCCAUGCUGGUGCAGUAUAUGGAGCCCACAUUUAUAUAUCUGGGGGCUACAGUGGCAACCAUUUCACACCUGACAUGCAGCGAUAUGACCCCUCUACCAAUCAGUGGGAAGACAUGGCAUCUAUGUUGACACCACGUGGCUGGCACGUCAUGUGUGCAACACAAUACAAACUCUAUGUGUUUGGUGGUUGUAACCUCAAUGUGAACCAGCAGGCACAACCAGUCAUGCAGUCAGAGUGUUAUGACCCAUCCACAGACCAGUGGACAAUAAUCGCGCCCUUGUCCAUCUCCCAUAAAGAGGCUUCAUGUGUGGUUUACAAUGACCAGAUAUAUGUACUUGGGGGUUACAAUGUACAGACAAAAACUGGACAGAAACUUGUUUCAAGAUUUGACUUGUACACGGGUAUCUGGGAAACUGUUGGGGCAUUACCCAGAAGUCUAACAGGUGUAGGCUAUUGUACCCUUAAACUACCUGCAUACAAUCUUGACGACUCCGAUUAAGAGGACACACACUUAUCAAAUGCGAAAAACACCAUACACAUGUUUUCUUCAUGUUGUAAUGAAUUCUCUGCUGGUGUGCACAGUGACAACUUUUAGAGAGGGUGAAAUGAGCUUAUAGCCUGUCUUGUAUAAUGGUAUUCAUUAUUAGAUCAUUGCAAGAUUGACAGAGGUGAACCAGUCCACUUAAUUGGGUAGAUCAAGAAUCUAAAACAACUUCCACUUUAUACAGUUUACAUCUCGCAUUCUUGCUUAAUGUCAGAGGAAAAACACAAAUCAUUGCAGGAUUUAAUUUGCAGUUUCAAGAUGAUUUGAAUACUUGUAUUACAAAUGUUUAUCAAAACUUUUCACUGUUGCAUGAUUUGAAAGCAGAUUUAGUAAUUUUUACAACAAAAAGAAGUUAAAAAAUUACUGUGUCAUUGACAGUAUAUAGAACUUGUAAUAUGGGACAGUUACUAAUAUAUAAAUAUGUAUUAUGUGAAUGAGGUACAUGUAUACAAGUGUGGUUAAGAAAACUAUGGUAUAUAUAUAUUUACCAUGUUAUUGUAAUAAUAAUGUACAUGUGGGUAAAGAAUGGAUAAAAGAGUUGGGCCAUUCGUUAAAUAUAUAUCUGUAUCUAUUGUAUGUCAGUAGGUUUUUAUUUGCUUUUCUUGUUGCUGUGGAGACUGAGUGACUUUGGGUGUAUGUUGUGGGGAUGUGUAUACUUGUGGCGAUAUGAUUCAGAUGCACUUGAUACAAGUUGAUUCAUCAUUUGUUAAUUGUAAGUUAUCAGCUAGUUCGGUAUAAACAAAAAUAUUUAAAAGGCUUGUUUGAAAUGGCAAUAAUAGACUUGAAAUUGAUAGUACACAUCUACAGAAUAGUCAUAAGUUUGUGAUGUUAUGGAUAUUCUCUGGAUAUGAACAGUUACUUACUUCAGCUGUUUAACUCACAAUCCUUAAUCUUUUCUUAAGGUUUUGUUAUAUUGUAUACCACAGGCUAUCUUGCUUUCAUUGCAAUAUUUCAUAGUCCUCAGGUCUGUUGACACUCCUGUUAGGUAAACCCUGUAGAUUAUAUAUAAAGACUUCUGAAAAACAGGACCCGACAACAUGAUAGUUUCUCCAAGAUCAAUCACUGAGUUGUUUAAGUAUUAAUAUAAUCUAUGUGAUGACUAUGUAUAUAAUUAAAUAAUUAUAGAUUUACAAUUUUAAAUACUUUGUUCACUACACAAUAUAAAUAUUAGUUAGGAACAAUGUUCACUAAGUAUUCUAUCCAAUCACAUGCAAGUCUGUGCUUUAUGAGUUAUAUGUACCUUCUGAGAUACAUGUACGUAAUAAUUGUGAUUUAUCAGGCUGUGUAGUGAUAUCGCAUUUUAUCUAUUUACCUCUUUAUUUAGUUUUCCUGGUGCUGUAAUUAAAUGUGCAACAUUUG